UUGAGGAUUUCUUUCGCGGAAAAUGUACAGGAAAAGUCGUCACAGAGAUUCGGGUUAAAAAUUUUUCGGAAAUUUUCGCGGACUUCUUAUAUGCCGCAAUGUUUUGCUAUGAAGUGUGAUUUAGUGUUUUAAUAUAAUCUUAGAAGUUUUUCGACAGACCAACGACAUGCCAGGGGGAAGAAGGGGGCUUGUUGCUCCGCAAAAUACAUUUCUAGAAAAUAUAAUACGAAGAUCAAACUCACAACCGGAUAGUAGUUUUUUAUUGGCGAACGCGCAAAUAGUGGAUUAUCCAAUUGUCUAUUGCAACGAGUCCUUCUGCAAAAUAUCCGGUUACAAUAGGGCGGAAGUGAUGCAGAAGUCUUGCAGAUGUGCCUUCAUGUUUGGUGAACUGACCGAUAAAGAGACAAUCAGCAGAGUGGAUCAUGUGCUCGAGCACCAGCUUUACGAUCAGUUCGAAAUACUUUUGUACAAGAAAAAUAAAACACCACUAUGGCUGCUUCUUCAGAUAUCGCCUAUAAAAAACGAACGAGAUUUGGUUGUGCUCUUUUUGUUAACAUUCAGGGAUAUCACAGCAUUGAAACAACCAAUAGAAACGGACGAUACAAAAGGAGGUCUAUCAAAAUUCGCAAAGCUUGCAAGAUCUGUAACAAGAAGUCGAUCUGUUCUGGUAUCGCAGUUCUCAUCACAUCUGCCAAACCUCAAGGAUGCCACCAAACAGUCACAUUUGGCACAGAUGAUGAGUCUGAGUGCAGACAUAAUGCCCCAGUACCGUCAAGAAGCCCCCAAGACCCCUCCACACAUCCUUCUCCAUUAUUGCGCCUUCAAGGCUAUUUGGGAUUGGAUAAUUCUUUGUUUAACUUUUUAUACAGCCAUUAUGGUUCCUUACAACGUAGCCUUUAAGAAUAAAACAUCGGAAGAUGUAUCUCUUCUGGUUGUGGACUCAAUUGUUGAUGUGAUAUUCUUUAUCGACAUAGUAUUAAAUUUUCACACGACCUUCGUUGGACCUGGAGGAGAAGUAGUGUCAGAUCCCAAGGUCAUCAGGAUGAAUUAUUUGAAGAGUUGGUUUAUCAUCGAUUUAUUAAGUUGUUUACCGUAUGAUGUCUUCAACGCCUUUGAUCAUGAUGAAGAUGGAAUUGGUAGCCUAUUCAGCGCUCUGAAAGUCGUCCGCUUACUACGUUUAGGUAGAGUUGUUCGAAAACUCGACCGAUACUUAGAAUACGGAGCUGCGAUGUUAAUUCUUCUUCUCUGCUUCUAUAUGUUGGUUGCCCAUUGGCUAGCCUGUGUCUGGUAUUCAAUAGGCCGAUCAGAUGCUGACAAUGGAGUACAGUAUAGUUGGUUGUGGAAAUUAGCUAACAUUACGCAAAAUCCUUAUUCGUACGUUUGGCCUAAUGACUCAAGUACACCCGAAUUGAUAAAUGGUCCAUCCAGAAAAACAAUGUACGUCACGGCAUUAUAUUUCACUAUGACCUGUAUGACUUCGGUAGGUUUCGGCAACGUUGCUGCAGAAACUGAUAACGAGAGAAUAUUCACGAUUUGCAUGAUGAUUAUAGCAGCGCUAUUGUACGCAACAAUAUUCGGUCACGUUACUACGAUAAUUCAGCAGAUGACAUCAGCUACUGCCAAAUAUCACGAUAUGUUGAACAACGUACGGGAGUUCAUGAAACUUCACGAAGUUCCUAAAGCUCUUUCUGAACGGGUGAUGGAUUAUGUAGUGUCAACUUGGGCUAUGACGAAAGGCUUGGACCAGGAUAAGGUACUAAAUUUCUGUCCGAAAGAUAUGAAGGCUGACAUCUGCGUUCACUUGAACCGAAAGGUAUUUAACGAACAUCCGGCUUUUCGACUAGCAUCUGAUGGAUGUCUUAGGGCCCUCGCAAUGCACUUUACGAUGUCUCACUCUGCACCAGGAGAUCUUCUCUAUCAUACUGGAGAGUCAAUAGAUUCCUUAUGCUUUAUAGUCACUGGAUCAUUAGAAGUUAUACAAGAUGAUGAAGUUGUUGCAAUUUUAGGGAAGGGUGAUGUAUUCGGUGACUCGUUUUGGAAAGACAACGCAGUAGGCCAAUCUGCUGCUAAUGUGCGUGCUUUAACUUACUGUGAUUUACAUACUAUAAAAAGAGAUAAAUUAUUAGAAGUGUUAGAUUUCUAUCAAGCUUUCGCUAAUAGUUUCGCGCGAAAUCUCAUUUUAACUUACAACUUAAGACAUCGUUUAAUAUUUCGAAAAGUUGCCGAUGUGAAACGGGAAAAAGAAUUAGCUGAAAGACGAAAAAACGAACCGCAGUUAGAUCAAAAUCAGGACCAUUUGGUGCGGAAAAUAUUUUCAAAAUUUCGAAGAGAUCGGAGUCAACAUGCUGCGGGACCUCCAGCUACGCCAUCCGACGUCGAAAAAGGAGACGAGGCUAAUGAUAAGAAUAUUUCAAGGGUGAUGUCGACUACGAAAUUAUCUGCUGUUGCUGAAAAGGAUGACAGCAGUGGAGGAGGUGUCAAAACCACUGUUGCCCGACCUGCCACUGCUAGAGGAAGUAAAUGGGGUAGAUUGUUAGGUUCCGCUAGCUUAGAUUCGGGUUCAGAAACAUCGACAGUUCCUCAAGGUUUCACAAGAAGCUUAAGCGCCAAAGAUCCGAAAGAACGUCCUAGUUCAUCAUCAUCUGGUAGCUCUGGAAACCAACUAACGCCUGGUUCAGGAAAUAAGAUUUUUCCAAAACUUCAGAAAGUGUCCACAACAUCGAGUCCCGGUAUUACUAGACAAGACACCAUUGACGAAAUGGGUGAAGUGGACCCGCCACAUUCGAGAAAUUUGUCGUUGAGAAAGAUGCAGAGCUACGAUUGCGGGUUGCGAGACCCUUCGAUCGCUUCAAUGUAUCAAACAGCCGUCCCUGAUGCUAUCGCGCCAAUAGAAUAUAAGGAACUCAUGACCAAUCUCAUGGAUUUUAAGGUAGACGUGAAAUUAGAAAUCCAAAAAGUGAAUCAGAAAGUCAAUCGAAUAGAGGAGAUGAUAUCUGAAAUACUAAAGCGAUUGGGACCAGACAGCGGUUCGAGCUCCCAAUCACCUAACGAGACCGAGUCAAAAAAGUCUUCCAAUACACCACCAGAAAGGCCUACGGACCUCCUACCUCGAAAUACGGAAGGAGGAACUGGUCUAGGUCCAGUCAUAUUAAAAAAACGUAGAUCAAAAACGAGAAUAAAGGGAUCUGCACCCCAGGUUCCAACACCUUCGAGUGGUAAGGCGACGUCUCCAGAUAGUGCCGCAACCAGUCCUACUGAAACGACAAAAAUGUUAGAAGAGCCCAUGCUUACCCCGUCCUCUAGAAAACCCAAGGACUUUCUUUAA